AUGGGCAGUGCACAAAUAAGGGACAUAUGGAAAAGGGUAGGGAGUAUGACCUCUGGUGAAACGAGACGGGAAGCUAUGGGCUUGGUUGCAGUUAUUGGUUGGCAUAUUUGGACAACCAGGAAUCACUGGGUUUUUAAGAAUGAUUGGAAGCUGGAAACGAAGAUUUUAAAAGAGGUGGUAGCGGAGUUUAAUCUAUUUCUGCAGGCUAGGGAGAGUGGACAUCAGAGGUCGCAAAGGGAUGUUUCGAUAAACAGGUGUCUUUGGAAACCACCGGAACCUGGCUUCUUGAAGAUUAAUGUGGAUGGGGCCUUUGCCGUUGGGACGCAUAAAAGAGGCGUGGGGGUGGUGGUUCGUGAUCAUGAAGGAAGGAUGUUGGGUGCUAUGGCUGUGCCAAUUCCAAACAGAUCACCAGCGGAAAUUGUGGAAGCCGAGGGAUUUUGGAUGGCUUUGGACUGCUCUAUUUUCUUGACUGGAAGAUCCUAUGUGGUGGAGGAUGAUGCACAAGCAGUGGUCAAUAUGUUGCAAAGCAAGAGUCAGAUUAAAGCAUGCCUGGAAGUUAUUGUUAGGGAUACGAUAUCAUUUAUUUGUCGUUUUCCAUCUUGUUCUUUUCAAUUUGUUCCUUGUAAUGGUAAUAGAGUGGCUAAUGCUAUAGCCAAAUAUGUCUCAUCUUUAGACUCUCCGUUAACUUGGCAACAGAAUUUUCUGAGUUGGGUUCAUAGGGAAGCUACUUUUGAUGUUUCAUCUUUGCAUUAA